AUGUCAAGCUCUUCUGACAAUCUACAGUUUUGCUUCCCCACCCACGGUGACUCCAUCCUCAGCAAAAUGAAUGCUCUAAGAGAGGAGCACCGCUUCUGUGAUAUCACACUCCUCCUUGCAGGUCCACAAGGCGCCACUGUCCAGCCUCUCUAUUUCCACGGUCAUAGAGUCGUGCUUGCAGCAUCCUCUGAUUUCCUACGUGACCAAUUCCUGCUCCACGAAGGCCAGGCUGAGCUGAGUGUGGGUGUAGUUUGCAGUGUGGAGGUUGGGAAGAGACUUCUCCUGUCCUGCUACACCGGGUUGUUAGAGGUGCCUCUGAGAGAGCUGGUGAGCUACCUGACUGCAGCUAGUGGGCUCCAGAUGAGUCAGGUGGUGGAGAAGUGUGCCCAGGCUGUCUCCCAGUACCUCAGUCCCACGCUGGCUUUCUUGAAACUGGAGAGACACACAGAGGAGAAGGAAAUCCAGGAGUCAGAGAGCCUCACAAAUAAGGAGGAAAGGGAUGUAGCCCACCCCAGCAUCCAGGAACCAAAUACUGAGGAAGAGGGAGUGGUUGUCAUUAAAGCAAGGGUCAGGCAAGGAGCCAAGGUGGAUGGUCAAGAACUGAGGGAGGUCAGAGAUGCUAGGAGGGUGGUUAUAGCUAAGAAAGUGUUAUCUGAAGAUACAGCGUGCUGUCUCAAUACUCUGGAGUCAUAUCAGGAUCAGUGCAUUACAGGUGCCCUAAGAUGUAAGCUGUGCCCUCCUACAGCUGUCAGAGAUCAUGUAUUCUCCACACCCAGAGGAAGUUCUGCUCAACAUGAAAAAUUGCUGGACAGUUCCCACAACCAAGAUAAAGAACCAGGGGAAGAGCAAAGUGAGGAGGAAGAAAUGUUAUUGCUGGCAGCUCAACUGCAAGAAUGUGGAGAGCUGAUGGACUCAAAUCUAUUUUGUCUCUCUGGAGCACAUCUGCCAAAGAGUCAGUGUUCUGGAAAUGAGCUGACAGAAGAUUCAGACAGCAUAUUGGUCCAGAGGCCAUACCUCUGCAGGAGGUGUGACAGAGUCUUCCAGCACCUAGAGAGCUAUGUGGGCCACCUGAAGGAGCACAGACAGUACUUGUGUUUGGUCUGUGGGAAAGGCUUUUCCCAAAAGAGUAACCUGACCCGCCACAUCCGCGUCCACACUGGUGUCAAGCCUUUUCGAUGCCCGCUGUGCCACAAGACAUUUUCCCAGAAGGCCACGCUGCAAGACCACCUCAAUCUGCACACAGGGUAUAUGCCCCAUAAGUGCAACUACUGUGCUGUAAACUUUGCACACAAGCCAAGUCUCAGGCGCCACCUGAAGGACAUUCAAGGUAAGAGUAGCCUGCAAAAUGUGCUUGAGGAGUCUGUUGACUGAGGAUAAAGAAGUUAAUGCAGUUGGUCUUAAUAGUUUGUUUCGAUAUUAUUUUUGGCGCACGUCAAAUAU